GUUCACUUCCUGGUCAGCUGACUCAGGCGGAGACAAGACGAGCGGACCGCUAGCAUCCAUAAUGAUAAUCCUGUUUCAUCGCCCGGACAGCAUUUGAAAUGAAAGCGACAACACCGUAAAGCCACAUCAGACCCUGAAAACCCGGGAUUAACACCCGAGCCUCUGUGUGUUUGUGUGCCAACAGCAGACAGCGGAUCUUGUGGGAAACAGCAGAGCGAGCCCUGUCCCCUGCUUCUCUUCACCUCUGUUUACUGGAAAGUUCCUCUCCUCUCCUGGCUACUGAAAGGCCUUUUUUCCAAUCGCAGUGCCAGAAAAGGACGCUGCUGUGAAAGCCACAGUGUCAGACUGAACUGGAUUCAAUGAGGGAGCCAGAUCGGGAGGAGCAGUCUGAAGACAACAUGCCCCCCAAGUUUAAACGACACCUCAAUGACGACGAGGUCACAGGAUCCAUUCGCAGCGAGAGGAGGAACCUACUGGAGGAGGACUCAGAUGAGGAGGAAGACUUCUUUCUGAGAGGACCCACGGGACCCAGAUUUGGACCUCAGAAUGACAAAUUCAAGCAGGUGCAGUCGCAGGUUGAUGAGGUGAUCGAUGUGAUGCAGGAGAACAUCUCCAAGGUGAUAGAGAGGGGCGAGCGGCUCGACGACCUGCAGGACAAGUCGGAGAGCCUAUCAGACAACGCAUCUGCCUUCAGUAGCAGAGCCAAACAGCUGCACAGGAGGAUGUGGUGGAGAGACAUGAAGAUGAAGAUGAUUAUUGCCUUGGUAGUUGUUGCUCUCCUGCUCAUUAUCAUCAUUCCAGUGAUCCUGCGAUAUCGCUAGUGUCUGACAAAGAGGAUGGGGGACAAACCUCUUCUCCCUCCUUCUCUGUCUAUCUCUCUGUCUCUCUCUCUCUUCUUUGCACACAGUCCUCCACUCCAGCUAGGGGGCGCCAGCCAGCCUCCCACAUCAUCCCCAGCGUCGGCCUGUGUACCCUCAAGGAUCUGGCCUCUACUUGCCCUUAGUACAGAUCUUAUCAUUGGUAUUUCCACAUAUAUCUGCUGUGAGAUCAGCGCUAAGGCUCGGUUUGAUCCCUGCUUUGAAAAUAAGCCGCAGAAUGGGGGGACACAGGAGACUUGUGGGGAUAUUUUAAUGCAGUUUGGGAGAAAACACUGACUCUCAGCCCUCUAGUCAACGUGAAGGAGUGCUCCAUGCCAUGAUACAUAUCACGUGUAGGGACCUGUCUUUGCCUUGACCACAGGGAGACUCCAGGUCCUGCAUAUUAAUCAUAUAGAUAGAUAAUGUAAAGGCAGGGAAUCCAUGCCCAACCGUCUCUCUUAGUUUAGCUGGUCUGAAUCUGCUGCAGCAGCCUCAUAUAAAGCGGGCUUAAACAUUUUGUGAAUGAACCUCAGAUGUCUACCCAUGAUUCCUUGUGUGCCAUCUUCUCACCGCCCGAGGAUGAGAGCGUUUAUAAGGAACAUUUUGUGAACACAAGCACAUUUCACCGCUCAACACGAGGCGAGGGAACAUCUGAGGUUCAUCUGUGUAGUCAAACGGUGGCUUCUUUUAAUCAUCAAAAAAGUCUCUGACAGGAAAGUGAUUUCACGUAUCAGGUAUGUUUCCUCCUCAGUACAGAUGAUGGGAAAAGGGCCAAGAAAAGGAAGGUCAUCUGUUUAGAAAACAUCCUGCUUUGUAACAUUAAUCCACUCCGUAAAUCACCGCUCUCCAUUUCCGUUUGCCUCUUGAUAGCUUGUUAUACUGUACAGCAGGACCACGUCGAAGCAAAACAUCCAGGUUAUGAAUGUCUCCUCACCAACUUUCUGGGUUGCGCCGAGCUCUGGGCCAGUUUGGUCACGGCUGUCCUACUUUCCCGCUAGUGACAUAAAUCUGUCUCUCACUCUGCAGAUGGUUCUGUUUGGUUUCUAAUACUGCUUCUGUCUUUAUCUCCCCACUAAUUUAAGUUCUUAUUUCUGCUGAUCGCUAAAUGUGAUGCUUGUAUGAAUGCUGGUAUUCCUGUCGCCACAGAAGGGACAGUUUGUGUCUCUGUACUGUUACAUUAUAAGCAGGGGUAAUUUUAAGUGAUGCAAGUUAAAAGUUGAGCUGUGAAACAAAACUUAGGUGUCAUUGUGUCCCAAUUUAUUAACUGUAUAAUACAUUGAAACUCUACAUCGUCAUUUUAUUAUUUUUUAAAGUAAUUUAUUUUAGCUGUAAAUAUUGAUUCUGUAAUGAUGUACAAUACUCUGGCAUUGCAUUGGAAGACUGUGAUAUACUGAUCCUUUUUGCUCUGAAAUAAAGUGAUUUUAAAGGGC